UUCGGAUGGCAGAUUCCAUAUCCAUGUCUGGUGCCUAGCUCCACCAGCCAACCUCGACCCCACCUGUCUCUCCGCCGAAGUGGACACAAAAAGGAACCAAACCAAACACCUCUCUCCUCCAGCGUCCACGUGGCCGGCUACAGUCCCGUCACUCUCCUGUCUUCGCCAAACCGAGAUAUCAUAUCAUAUAGCAGAGAAGGCGUGGUCACCCCCGUCUUCGUCCCGACUCGUCCUGGAUCGAAAUCGAUAGGAGUUGCUGGUUCUUCCCGUUCGGUGGGUGGGUUGCUCCAAGAAGGCAGCGAGGGCUUGGAGCAAUCCCUAUCGAAUAUGGUGGGAGAUGGGGGAAGGAAAGGGUCGUCGAGCCCGCUGCUCGAAUCGUCGUCUUCUUCUUCGUCGUCGGCCGCUGGAUCUGCUUCGUCGAUUCAGACUAUAGGGAACAUCAUCGUCUCCAUCGUCGGGACCGGGGUCCUGGGCUUGCCCUUCGCUUUCAAGGUCGCCGGUUGGCUUGCGGGUGCAGUUGGGGUUGUUGUCACCGGCGUUGCUACCUACUACUGCAUGCUCAUUCUUGUUCAAUGCAGAGACAAACUGGCAUCUCAAGAAGAGUCAGCUGAUGUAAAAACUUAUGGGGACUUGGGUAGUAAGUGCAUGGGAAAAGCUGGUCGCUACCUCACUGAGUUCCUCAUUACGAUUUCUCAGUGUGGAGGAGCUGUGGCAUACCUUGUAUUCAUUGGACAGAAUCUUUCUUCCAUAUUUGAAGGCCAUGGACUCGCAUUCGCAUCUUUCAUAUUUCUGUUAGUGCCGCUCCAGAUUGCUCUGUCAUGGAUAAACACUCUAUCAGCAUUGGCCCCCUUUAGCAUCUUUGCUGACGUAUGCAAUGUCGUAGCAAUGGGGUUUGUGGUGAAAGAAGACAUACAGCAAGCUUUAGGUGGUCAAUUUUCGUUUGGUGAUAGGAAAGCUAUCUCCCCAGAUAUUCGGGGUCUGCCAUUUGCAGGAGGAAUGGCUGUGUUCUGUUUUGAGGGGUUUGGAAUGACAUUGGCAUUGGAGGCAUCGAUGAAGGAGAGGAGGACGUUCCGAAAGGUGCUGGCUCAGGCUUUUUCAGGCAUAAUACUUGUUUAUGUUAUGUUCGGAUUCUUUGGCUACAUGGCUUAUGGUGAUGAGACAGCAGAUAUUGUCACGCUUAAUCUUCCUCGAGCUUGGACAACAGUUGCUGUCCAGAUUGGAUUGUGCUUGGGGCUGGCAUUCACAUUUCCUAUCAUGUUGCAUCCGAUUAACGAGAUUCUUGAAGAUAAGGUGAAAAGCGCAGAAUGCUUUCAGAAACUGCUCGGCAAUGAGCUCAGUGGCUCAGAAAGAAAGAUGGGGAAGUGUGUGGUUUAUGUCCGUUCUGCAGUGGUGUUAGGAUUGGGUGCUUUGGCGUCUUGUGUACCAGGAUUCGGAGUCUUUGCCUCCCUCGUGGGGAGCACUGUUUGCGCGCUUCUCUCGUUUGUUUUGCCGGCCUCAUUUCAUUUGUUACUGUUGGGUCCUUCCCUGAGACUCUGGCAAAAGGCUCUGGAUGUUUGCAUUUUGAUAUGCGGGCUACUCUUUGCUGUGUAUGGUACUUACAACACUGUGGCCGGAGUAUGAAGACAUGUUGAUGGGAAGUUGUCUAGUUGAGAAUAGGAAAUCAGAAUCUAAUGGAAUGGCUCGUUACAAGUAGAAGAUGGACGUGUAACUUUUGGAGCAAAAAGAACAUGCCUCAGUGACCAAUUUCGGCCGAUACCGAUGCCUUGGUGCAACAAUGUGUACUACAUGCAUUUUGGUCAUAAGCUGUUGUAACAUUAUCGAACAUUCCGCAUUCCGCAGUGGCUUCCUCCUCCUCCGUGUUUCACUGCUGUUGAAGAUUGUUUUUUGGUAAAUUGAUCUCGUCUUUUCAAUGAAGAAUUAGUGCGGUUAAGGGAUUCACAUUAAAGUUGCUACUCUAAUUCGAAAGCGGUUACUGCAGUA